AUGAAGCUUGUAAUCGGCGGUUCAACCGGCUUUGUGGCCGCAGAGCUCAUCCGCCAGGGUCUCAAGAACCCGGCUAUCAGCUCUAUCGUCGCCCUUGGCCGGCGUGAGACCCCUGCACCACUAGAGGCCGGACCAGCCGCUGCAAAGCUGAAGUCGAUCGUCUGCGAGGAUUUUGAGAGCUAUUCCGACAGUGUUAAGAAGGAACUUGAGGGUGCAGAUGCCGCUAUCUGGACCAUCGCUGUGACGCCAAUGAAGCUCAGUACCAUCCCGUUUGAGGAGACGUGCAAGAUUUCCCGCGACUACGCUAUCACGGCCAUCAAGACUCUCGAUGAACUCCAUCACCAGAAAGAUAGACCACUGCGCUUCAUCUACAUGAGCGGCCAUUUUGCCCCCCGCAGCGUGGCCGAGGUGCCGAAAGAACUACAAAACCAUGGCCUCAUCAACUAUGGCCUCUUGCGGGGCGAGGCAGAGACUCAAAUCCUCGCAUACGGUGAGCAGUCCAAAGGUGCCGUCCAGUCCGCUGUCGUCAAGCCUGGGCUCAUUGACUCCCCGGAGAGGGAGACACGGGAGAUCCCUGGCCUCCCUCACAUCGACCUGCCGGUCAUCGCAGCAGCUCUGCUGGAUCAGGUCACCAACGGGUUCGAGAAGGACACCCUGAGCAAUGCUGACUUGGUCCGCAUUGGACAGAAGGCUUUAGAGGGAUAG